AUGUUUCCACCAGUGAGAGACAUCUUGCCGGCCAGCUUUGCAACAAAGUCACUUAACAUGGACAGCAGAUUUAAAUCAUUUAAUGAAACGUUCACGCGUUGUGCCUUCGCUUUGGCAUUCGCCCUCAUCUAUCCCAACUCCCGUAACCUUAAAAAGAGAGUAUAUUACUUCAUCGUCGUUAUUUUUAUUAACUCUCUCAUAUUGUACUGGUUUUUAAUUUAUUUAUUUAGGUGCCUUUUUACUCUCGACAUGAUAAAUUUCGCGAAUAACAUCACUAUCGGCGUCCUUGCUACUCUUUUCUUCUUCAAAACACCUUACUGCUUAUAUAAAACGGGUAUCUUUGCUAAAGUUUUAGAUAAAAUUUCCUACGAUAUGCUCAAAGGUAACGAUAUGGAUGAGGAAUACCAGGAAAUAUAUGAACAUUAUAUAAAAAUUGGGAAGCUCGGUCAAACUUGUUGGAUUCUGAUACCGAUAUUACUGAGUUCACAGUUUCCUUUAUAUGCAAGCUUUUGUAUGAUUUACGAAACUUUUACUAGUGGUGAAGGUAAAAGAUAUAUGGUACAUGAAAUGAGAUUAAAACAUAUUGAGGAUAAACAAGACGAAACGCCAUAUUUCGAGCUGGUGUUUGCUUAUAAUUUAGUGCAAUGCGUCGUUCUGUCGGUAAAUUUUGUUGGAUUCGAUGGAUCCUUUUGCAUCGCAACAACGCAUUUGCGUCUAAAAUUGAAGUUGGUGAGUCAUAAAAUACACCGAGCGUUCCGGGACUCGAAGAACAGAUACGAGUUGAAAGCGCGGGUGAUAGAAGCUAUAGUUGACCACCAAGAUGCGCUAGAUUUUUACAAGGACAUACAGGAAGUGUAUGGCGGUUGGCUAUUCGUAGUUUUUCUACUCACGUCGUUGUUGAUUUCCUUCAAUCUAUAUCAGAUAUACUUAAGUCGGCGCGUUGACCCUAAAUACACGAUAUUUGCUAUCAGUGGUGUCAUCCACAUGUUUGCGCCUUGUUAUUUCGCCUGCAAAUUGAUAAAGUCGAGUGAAGAACUAAGCUGGGACAUUUAUUCCGCAGCCUGGGAGGAGUGGACAGAUCCAGUGGUCACCAAGCUUCUCAUCUUCAUGAUAGCAAAGAGCCAACAGAUCCUAAUUCUCACUGGAAAGGGCAUGGUUCAAUUCGACAUGCAACUUUUCAUUUCAGUCUUGCAAAUGUCGUAUUCAUUUUUUACUUUGAUAACCAGUUAAUUAUAAAACUUUUAAAAAGAUUCAUAUAACGUUGUGACUUCUAGACAAUGCCAUUCAACUGAAGCACCCAUUAUUACACAUAUACAUCAUUAAUUAAAUACUAAAACGGAUUAGUGCCAUUU